GGGGAGGGAACGAGAAGGGCAAGUGGGGUGGGCACGCCUCUUCCGCCCUGCGCCCGGAAGGGUGAUGUGGCUGGGGCUUCGCCGGCCUCACUAUGUCUGCCAUUUUCAAUUUUCAGAGUCUGUUGACUGUAAUCUUGCUGCUUAUAUGUACCUGUGCUUAUAUCCGAUCUUUGGCACCCAGCCUCCUGGACAGAAAUAAAACUGGAUUGUUGGGUAUAUUUUGGAAGUGCGCCAGAAUUGGUGAACGGAAGAGUCCUUACGUUGCAGUAUGCUGUAUAGUGAUGGCUUUCAGCAUUCUCUUCAUACAGUAGCUCGGAAAAAUAUCAGAAUUUAAUUGCCAUCGGAUUACAGUAUGAAAAAAGGACUUAUCUAUAGAAAAUAAUGGAAAGAAUGGUUAACCCUUUUAUCUCUGAACAUUGAAUGAGAUAAAUUUCCAGCUGCUGUUAUCUAUUUUUGUUAUUGGACCAAUGUUCUAUGUAAAUAGGAUGUAACCAUUUGAUACGCAGAGUUUAAUAUGUCUGUAACAAUCAACCUCUGUACUCUCACUACAAUAUUACAUUCUGCAAAUGUUAUUCUGUUAUGUCGGAUACCAGUUUUUAGUGAGGUAUCUCUUAAGACAUAGAAUAGAAAACAAAAUUGGUAAAUUACUCCACUUCCUUUCACUGUGAUUUGGAAAUGAUUAAUCUUUAUAGAAUGAGACAUUUUUCUGGGCUAGCUUUUUUACUGGGGAAAAAAAAAAAGGUUCAAUUUGUGUUGGUAAGGAUUGCAUUCAUAUUUAAUAAUGCUUGCUUUUCCUGUGGCCACACCAGACCAUUAACAGAGUACAUCUAAGCAAACUAUAUAGUGUACUACAGCCAUUUCAACUGUUUAAAACAAGCCUGUGUGGUUCUUAAAGUAAAUGAGAUGUGACUUAAGAGUACUAUUGAGAAAAUGUCCAUAUGUAACAUAAAAGUUUAGAAUAGAUGACUGGUCCAGUAGCCUAGAUAAGUAUGGAUAAAUAUCUUAUGAAUAAAUUGACCAGCUGUCAUUCUAUGAAUAAGACUACAUUCUUAGAGUGAAAAGAGCAAAAUAGAACAAUUCAGAAUGAUAACCCUGUAUGUGUCUUUCUUUUUAGUGUCAGGUCUCCAGUUUUAAUUGCCCCAAAAUGCAAACUGAAUUUUUUUGUUUUUAAAUACAGCACUUUAAAUCUAGUUUACUUUUUGUGUGUCAUCUUGAACUGGAAUCUGCUGUGUAACUCAGUAGGCGAUUUUUCAAAUCUGCUUGUCUGUAUACCUUGGCAUAAGUGUCUUUGAGUUUUGAUAAUAAAGACCUUCAAUAACCUUCAUCAAAGCAAGAGAAACAUUUGGAAUAUGACAUAAAUUUUGCAGUAGAGCAGUUAUUAAAAGGUCAUAGGUUCCUUUUUUUUUAAGGUUUAACUGAAAUCCUGUUAGAAUUUCAAAGCUAGGGGGAACUUAAAUAUCUUAGCUAAAAAUUGCCCAUCAUAGGUAGUACUAAUUAGAUAUUAUCCUUAGCUAUUAAUUCCUUUUCUCUUUUUAAGAAAAGAAAAUUAUUUAGAAUUAUUUGAAAAUGAGUCUGCCACUAGCUCUUUCUGCAGAAACAAAGUAUGGAAUUGAAAGCCAUCUUUUUUAAAGACCACUUUAAAGUACUUGAAAAGAAUUCUAGGAAACGUGUAAGAAAAGCUUGUGAUGCAUUGCCUGCUUUUUUUGCAAAAGAUAAAAGCUGCUGUAGGCUGUCUAUAUAUUUAUUUUACAAUUUUGGCCUAAGUAACUGGUAAAAAGUUGUCUAUUUUGCUUUAGACCAGGAAUCAGGCUAUGGUCAUUGUGUGUACUCUGAACUGUUUUUCUCCUGGGCUAUGCACUAGGUCAAGAAUUUUCCGGGUGUCCUAAAAAUAGGACUCUUAUCAGCAUAUACAUGCAGAGCAUGUCACCUUUCUGAGGCUGGUUUCUGAGUGGCCAUCUGUUGUCCAACUCUGCUGCAAGCUAGACUUUCCAAAAAGCUAUGUCAACUGAUCUUUUUAUGUGCUAACACAAAUCCAAAUCCAAUAUGAGUGGUAUGAAUAAAGCGAAGAAUAUUCUAGAUAAUCAGUUCUAAGACAUUUCUGAAAUUUUGACAUUUUGGAGGAGGUAGGUGGAAAGUGGAGGAAGAAAUAAUUUCUUUGAAAAAUGUGUGGUAGCAUAUAAAACUUGGUGCUGUGUGUAUAUGCUUAAUAGAGUGGGAGGCAGCUCAUUUCUGACCCCAGACAUUGUGACUCUUUGGGAGGUUAGGGACAUACAGGAUUCUGUAAAGAAAAGCAAUUAGCACUUUCCUUAAUGUAUUUUUUUCAAAGAGUUACCACAAUCCUGUUCUCUAGCCCAAAGGGCAAUGUAGGUAGUUUUAGGUCCACUUAGUAUUCAGAUAUUCCCAUUGUGGUCUUGGUGGGGUGGUCGGAUGCAGAAGAGGAUUAAGGAUCAGUUUUGCAUCAGGUGGCUGCCUCUGUCACAUGGUCUUACUACAGAGCUGGAUGGGAUGGUGGGCACUUAAGUCCAUGUGUUGCAAGGCUUGAAUACUCUCCCUAACCUACUUCCUGGCUCUAGAAUCUUGAUUCCAUCUCUCGUGGAAACUGUUCUGUGCUGAUACUAAGUUCCUGAUUGGCCUCAGUUAUGCCCAUGUCAGGAGGACUUCGUUCCAAGCAGUCUUAAAAGAUGACCAAUUAAAAGGACACUUAGUCAACUGAAUUCCCUCUGUGACUUAAAAAAAUUUGGAUUCAAGUCCAGUGUCUUGUUAAUGUCCACUGUGCCAGACACUCUCCAUGUUCAAAUUAAAAAAUUAGCCCUUUCACACUGGGGAUAAUAGCAAUACAUAAUUUGUAACAGAUUCCUUUAUCGUGAUAAUAUGCACAUUAGUUUUAUCUUAGGACAGAGGUCAGAAUGAAGUGACUUCUCCAGGUAUACAAAGUGAGAAACGAACAGGUCUCUGCCUAGUUUUCUGGGAAAAACCUAGCACUUGUAAAUAGAAUGUAUCACCAUUCUUUCAAGAAGCAUUUAUGGAGUGCAUACAGUACGUUAUCACUGAAGACAGAAAAACCAGUACACAAUUUCUGCCUUCUAAUAGUUCCUAAUGCAGUGGAUGGGAGAGAUUAUUUAUACAAAAGUGCAAUGUGAUAGCAUUUAUAACAGAUAAUGCCAGGAUUCUAGGAGAAAAUAAGGGUGACACCGUAGAGGUAAGAAUUUCCUUCCCAAGAAGCAGUGCUUACACUGAAUGAAGAGCAGUAUGCAAAACACCAGUGGUAUAUUUAUGGACUCUAAGUCCCUAGCUUGUGCCACAUGAGGCGUAUUAAGACAUAAGCCUAAAAAGGUGGACAGAGGUUAGAUCCUAGGGGGUCUUCUAUUUUUUUUUCUCACUUCCGUCUGUUACCUACCUCAAAAUUAGUUACAUGUAUUUUC